CAAACUAGGAAAAAUGGACUAAAAGUCUCAACACCAACAUGUGUCCAUUUUGGUUCCUUUAGGAGUUGGACCAAAAACCCAACACCUCCAUUUUCCCUCCUACACCUCCCGCCAAUUCAGUUAACCGGUGAUAGCCGGUCACCUACCGACCGGUUAGAAGAACAACGCUCGUAAAAAUUGAAUCCAUCUCCCCCUUUCAACUCAAAUCCGUCUAGCCCACCAAAUUUACCCUAAACCCUAACUAGUGUGGCCUCUUCGUUGUACUCUUCUCGUCCGAUUCGCGAAAGGAGCUUAGAAGCUUUGUGGAUUUUUUGCAUCAUGAGUGCCAUCAACAUCACAAACGUCACCGCCUUGGACAACCCAGCGCCUUUUGUCAGCCCUUUUCAGUUCGAGAUUUCGUACGAGUGCCUAACAUCUCUCAAAGACGAUUUGGAAUGGAAACUUAUCUACGUAGGCUCAGCAGAAGAUGAGACUUAUGAUCAAACUCUAGAGAGUGUGCUUGUUGGGCCUGUUAAUGUUGGCAACUACCGCUUUGUAUUGCAGGCUGAUCCUCCGGAUCCAUCAAAGAUCCGCGAGGAAGACAUCAUAGGUGUCACGGUGCUGUUGUUGACAUGUUCUUACAUGGGUCAAGAGUUCUUGAGAGUUGGGUAUUACGUCAACAAUGACUAUGAAGAUGAGCAACUCAGGGAAGAGCCUCCAACUAAGGUUUUGAUUGAUAAAGUCCAGAGGAACAUACUCUCCGACAAGCCUAGAGUAACUAAGUUCCCUAUAAAUUUUCAUCCAGAAGACGAGCAAACUGCUACCGCUCCUCCUCCUGAACCAUCUGAUGAACAACCUGAUGUCAAUGACGCAUCUCAAGUUUCACCUGACCAGCCACCAAAACCACUGGAGUCUCCCCAGGAAUCAUGAUUCUUCCUUGAGCCAAAUCGUCCAAAACUGGAUGAGAACGAUCGUGUCCUUGUCCCCAAAGGUCUUGGGUUUUGCUUCUCUAUCUCCAAACAUAAUCUGCAAUUUUACUGUACUUGUUUGUAAGAGGCUUUAGGGAAGUGGUUCUUAACUUGUUUGAAUGUUUUUGUUAUUGGGCCAAAGCUUUAGAUAAAGCAAAGCCCACAUUUCGAAAAGAAGAUGAAUUUUCUGAG